AAAACAUGAAAAAAUGAUGAAGGACCGAUGAAAAACAGCAAAGAGUGUAGUAUUCCAGCACUUUUUUAUCAUCCAGCCAACCACCGUAUUUACGUAUAUUUAUGGAACACGAACAUUCUCCCGGAACCAAAAAUAAGCCAUGACCUCCUCCUCUCAGAAAAUAAGCCUGGACCCGAAGAACUACAUUACAAAAAUGUACGACCAGACCCAAGAUAAAACGAACCAGGUCUCCACCCCGUCUCCCGACCUGAUCCGUCUGGCCGCGAAUAUCAGCACCUAUUUGACCCGACACGGCUGUCCCGACCGCGCGUUCUCCGGCUUUCCGGGGGAAGAUAUCCAGGAAAUCGCCUCCAAUGUGCCCAUCCGCCACAGCAAGCCGCAGUUUGCGGGCGACGGUUGGUUUCUGGGGUACUCCGCGAAACACGCCCCGGGAAGUCUGUGGGUGGUCUUUCGGGGGUCCGCAAGUCCGGUGGAUUACGAGCUGGACCACAUGAUGGGCUGGAAAAAAUGCUUCUGCUUUCUGCGGGUCGGCGAGGAGGGUCGGGGUCAGGAUCAGGUUGACGGUGCGACGAAGGAUCUUCAUCCCGGUACGACGAGCAGGAGGACGUUCUUGUCGGAGGUGAAUAAAAAAUCCAGUUCGACGACGACGGGGGUUGAAAAAGAAAUUCAAGGUGAUGAAGGAGCUGAACUGGUGGUUGACGCUGUUCUGUCAGACUCCUCUACCAUCGCGUCAUCCUCCGACCACAACUCUGCCCCGGGAACGCCAGUUGGGAACAAGAACAGCGCGGGAGAUGAAGUCAGGACGUCGCCUUUCUCAUGCCAAACCCGGAGCAGCAGCUACUGCAGCACAAUCUUUUCUUCGACGUCCACCUGUGCGCAACUACAGAACCAGAACACGGUAGAAGUUGAAGAUUCUUUUUCACCACCUCCGGACGCUAAUACAGACCGGCAACCGCAGGGUAUUCCUCUGUCAAACAGUGAGAAAACUACCACCACUGCCGACGAAGAAAACACCCUCGGCAUCGUGCCCGGCUUCGCGCUCAAGUUCACCGCUGUGGUGAGAGAUAUGCUGUCGGGGGCGAAAAACGAAAACGUGCGAGAAAAGCUGUUCAAUUUUCGGCAAGAACAUUUACAGGGCGCCCAAUUCGACCAUGUGAUCAUCGCGGGCUUCAGUUUGGGCGGCGGCGUCGCGACGCUGGCGCACUUAUUCUGCAACGUGUCGGAACUUAUGACGUCGUUGCGGGACGUCGUGGUGCCACAUCACGAAAAGGCAGAUAUUAUUAAGGCCCCUAGCGUCGAUCAACAGCACCUCCACCUCCUCGGCGGUCCGAACUUGGAAUCCCGGUUGGAAGCCGAGAACGACACCAUCGGACUGGAUUUUCUACACGCGGCACAAGCGCUGGAAGGGGUGUUUCGCGAAAAUGUGAAGGAUUUUGACGGCACGGCAAAAAUUGGCAAAAAUUCUGCAGACAAAAUUACCAGCCUCAUCCUGGGUUCCGUACCACCUUUGUCGUUCAACACGCACGGGAUGUCGAAAGCAAGGCAGUUCGGCCGCGCUUGUCGGAGUUUUUUGAUGAAGAAGAAGUUCGAUGAAAGGCAUUGGGAGUUGCAGAAUUCGAUGCUACAAGCAUCUUUCGCCGAAAAAAGUGAUUCCUUUCUGGCGAAAAGGUUGAGGCCGCAGAGUUGCUGUUCUUUUGACAGCAGGGGUUUUAGUGGUGGAGAUAACGGUAGUACAGAUCAUACUACUUCUUCUCCCCCGAAGGUACUAGCGCUAUCAGCUCCGACACCUUCGACAAGUCCCCCUCCCGGUUCCUUUUUCUACGUGUAUAACCAAGACCCUGUACCCCGUUCCGGCAAGCUCUUAUCCAGAAUUUUCGGGACCCGGGUGUGCCACGCCCCGUUCCAGGCCGGGAAGUUUCUGGUGCCGGCGAGCGUUCUAAACGGUGUUGAACACGCUGUGGUGCAAGUACCAGCAGAGAGAAAUUCCUGCGCUCCGAAAUGCGCGAAACGGAACACCAGAACCAGUAGCACAACACCGGGAAAAAAUUAUACGGGCAGCCACAAGAAUCACCCGUCCAAAAGUAUCACAGCGACACGCUGCGCGGAGCUCCAAACUAGUACACUUGUCCAUCCUGCGCAGCAGCAGCAGCAGGCAACAAAUCGUUCUUGUGCCAAAGAAAUAUUAAGCGACACAACUUCAAGGAUCGUCACCCCCGUGCAGCUGGCGCACCAAAGUAGUAAAAACUACGUCGAGCUCACCCUCCUGUCCCCGAACGACUUGGAUACCGGUUCGACCUUCCUUCCCCGCAUUUUCCGUUUGUUCAAACGAGACCACGCGACCUCGAACGACGCUUGGAUACUGCACAACAGCUGUUUGUUGGCGGGGAAUUCAUCUUCACAGGCGAGCGCGAGGAAGCAGCCACAGGAGGAGCUGCAGGAGCCAGAGAAGGCCGAAAAAUGCUCGUAGUUCUUGGUGGAUAAUAUUUUUUUGUGUAGAAGUAGACGACACGUCAGCCUCAGCCCGAUAGCACGACCAAUAUAUACAACGCCGAAACAUUUUCAGCCCCGUAGAAGUAAGUACCAAGAGCACGACGCCGGUUUUGUUUGUAUGAUCGCAUUGUGAGUACUAUUAGAACUACGACUUAAAGUAUUUUUACCUUAUCCUGAUAGCACAUGCACAAGUGUUGAAAUCAUUUUUGAUUCGCAAGUAAAGGACGAGUGCGAGGAUCUUGAAGAAGGCAACUUUUGGUGUAAGAUCUGGAAACAAGCAACUUUUGGGGUAUUGUGCCUGUAAAGCUAAAGCAUCACAGAUCGCAGCUUGGAUCCAAG